AAAAAAGUAAAAAGAGAAAAACUUAAAAUAUAUGUUGCAUUUAAUAAAAAUUUGGAUAAAAGGUUGAAUAUUAAAAAAUCAUCUAACAAAUUGGCAUCAUCUUCUAAAGAUCAUAGUAGAGCUUCAAAAAAAACUACCAAUAGACAGUUUAAAAGCCAAAUUGGUAAUAUCAAUAAUAAAGAUAAUGAGGAUAGUAGUAAAACUGAAGUUAAUAAA